AUGUCGGCGUCCCACGAGUCUUGGCUUCCGGGGCUGCAGUCCCUCCUCAAGGGCCCCGUGCUAAUCACGCAGCCGACACCGGAAGAGGGAGUUGACGAUGAAGUCAUCGAUGACGUCAUCGACGUCUCGAUCGACACGAUUGACACGGUCGACACGGACUACGAAACAGACCUCGACAUGGACUAUGAAGAGUGGAUAGCCGAGGAUAUGAUCGGCGACGAGGCGAGACAGCAGCAAACGUACGUUAACCAGUGUAACGAGACAGGUGUCAUCCCCGUCUCCUACUUCCUGCGCCACAUCACGAACACCACGUUCCGUAUGCGCCACCACGGCCUUGGGCCCCUCGGUGCCAAGGCCAUCACUAUCUCGCUUAAGGAGAACCACGAUAUCGAACACCUGGACCUGGAGGGGAACUGGAUACAGCGGGAGGGAGCCUCAUACAUGGCAACCAUGCUCCGGGAGAACAUGUUUAUCACAGAUAUUAACCUCUCUGAGAACCAGCUGGGGCGGGACGGGGCGGAUGUCCUUUGUAAAGCUCUACACAAAAACGAGCUGCUCCGAACACUCGACCUCUCAGGAAACAACCUGCUUGACUCGGGAGCGUCGUCGAUCUGCGAGAUGUUGCAGAAAAACACGUUCCUGAAACACCUGUACCUCGCUAACAACAAGUUUGAGGAGCAGGCGGCCCACAACUUCCGGGAGGCGCUCUCACAUAACGAGACGCUCGAAACGCUCGACCUUGGCUGGAACCAUUUUCGCACAAACGGAGCCGUUUCAAUCGCAGAGGGACUCCAGGAAAAUUACGGUUUACGGUCACUCUUGCUAACUAUGAACGGGUUCAGCGAGCCAGGGGCGGAAGCUCUGGGUCGGGCGCUGAAGCAUAAUCGCACCCUGACAGAGCUAGAUGUGAGCCAAAACCGCAUCAAGGAAAUAGGCGCCGGCCACAUCGCACUCGGCCUCCAGACCAAUGAUGUCCUCAAGAAACUCAAGCUUGGUUACAAUCCUAUCAGCGAGGACGGGGCCCUGGCGCUGCUCACCGCCAUCUCAAAGAACGACCAGAGCUGCGUCAAGCACAUAGAUCUAUCUGAGGUGUUUGUGUCGGCGGACUUUAAAACUCUCCAGACGCGGAUGGAGGCUGAGAGGAUGAUGUUCAUAAUACACGCGGGUGUGGUGAACUGCAGGGGCUCGGACAGCGACUACAUCCUGGAAACGUUUCGCCGGCACCCGUUCGAGAAGCUGAGGAAGUAUGUGCAGUCGGCCGGAUACCGCCUCGUCGACCUCUUCCGGGACUUCGACAAGGACGGCAGCUGCACCAUAACAUUUGAAGAGUUUGAAAGGGGGCUUAAGAUGGGAAAUGUAAAGAUUACCGAGAGCGAGAUCGCCUGCCUUAUGCAGACGCUAGACCUCAACAGAGACGGCAUGCUCGACUUCAGCGAGUUGAUGAAGGGAGACAAGGAGUAUAGGCGUCAGCUGCGGCAAGAUGCUCAGUGCCAGGAUGACAGGAAGGUUCAGAGGGACGCUAAUCGCCUCCAGAAACGCGAGAGUAAGUUCCUCGAUGACAUCAUUAACGGCUAA